AGCAUCUGUGUCUCCGCUGCCUCUUCAGUGUGAGACAUGCAGCUGUGAGGACAGAUGGGUAGAGUGUCUGACGCAUGGGACGGAACUUCAUGAAACCCAAAAGGUUGAUGUGACACUGGACUGUGAUGUCUCGAGGUAUUUAGCAGCUCCUGUUGUCAUGUAAGGAUCUUACAGAAAGAGACAGUCACUGAUGAAUCAUCAUGUUCCAAACAUGGUCCAUCUUCACCGCUGUCUUUCUGCUGAUGAUGCAGCUCUGCACAGGUGAGAAAUCCUGUGUGAUCUGGUCCAGUGCUGGACAUGUGGUGCAGCGCAACUCCACUUUUAACAUUUACUGCAGCUUUAACUGCAAGUGCAAGCGAUCCAUGUACAGUGGGCAGCCGCCCACACUACAGCGCCACACACAGCUCAACUUAACAACCAUAUAUUUGACUGUGGUGAACAUCACAAAAAGGAAUACGUUCAGCUGUCAGUGUAACUGUCCUGCACUGGACCCGUGUGGACUGGACAUCUCAGCUGGAUAUCCACCGGAUCAUCCAAAAAAUAUUUCAUGCAUCUACAAGAUCCAGAAUAAUGAAACAGGAGAUGUGUUGUGCACUUGGAAGCGAGGAUGGGACACGUAUCUUACUGACAGCACGGUACUAUGGGUGAGAACUGAAUCGGGAAAUCACACAAGCGACCGAGAGUCACACAAUAAGGGAAGCGAUUCACACUCUGUCAGCCUCACUGUGCCCAGAUCUGUCCAGAUUAUCUAUGUGUGGGUACAAGUCCAAAAUCCACUGGGCUCUUCUGUCUCCUCCCCCAUCAUCUACUCACUCAGUGACAUUGCCAUGCCAUUGACUCCUGUUCUUGGACGAGUCGCGUGCUCCUCCCGUGAGUGCAUUAUCCAAGUGGAGCAGCGCGUCGUGACUCAACACCUGGAGAUCCAAUACAAAGCAGCAGGAGAGACAUGGACAUCUUAUUUCUACCAAAUUGUGCAGACCAGUGCAGUACAGGACCGAUCCAUUCCCUCUCUGGAGCCCUACAGGUUGUACCAUUUCAGAGCCAGAUCUAAACUCAGCACUGGCCAGUGGAGCCAGUGGAGCACACAAAUUUCCACCUGGACUCAAGAGGAGGCUCCUGCGGAACCGUUGGACGUGUGGUACGCUGAACCUGCGUCCGAUUUAAAAACCCCAACAGUUUACUGGAAGGAGGCCGACAUUUCCAUUGCGAGAGGGAGGAUCAUAGACUACAGAGUCAGAGUUUACAACCCAGACUCUGGAUCUGAGCAGGUCACUAACGUCAGCGCUGAUGCCAGGAACUGUUCAGUCCCACUCUGUACUGACAAGUGUGAUGUGACAGUGUGGGCUCGCAACUCUAAAGGCUUAUCUCCUCCUGCCAGAGUUACAGCACGACACGUAAAAGCUCGGUCAUCUCACGAUGUGAAGGUGAAAGUAGACAACAGCAAUGUCACCAUCUCCUGGAGAAAGGGUGAAAGUGCAGCGCCGCCUGUUUCCUUUUAUGUGGUGGAGUGGUAUCCAGAGGGUCAGAGGCUGGAGGAGCUCAGGUGGAUGAGACUGGACAGUGACAGCAUGCAUGCAGUCAUCACAGGUAUUAAGCCGUUUGUGUGCUACAAGGGAGCUCUGUAUGUUUUCUAUAAUGAGAGCUCAGUGACCAGGACUUUGUUUGGAGGUGUCGCCACUGUGGAGUCAGCCCCAGUGAGUGGUCCACUGGUCCAAGAGACGGAGGUUGAGGGACACACAGUGAGAGUGAGCUGGAUGGAGCUUCGCCGGAGCGAGCAAAGGGGUUGCGUCACCAAAUAUACCAUCUAUUUAAAGAGCAGAGGUGGAGAACAGAAGCACUACUCCAUUUUAGCACCAGACAGAACAUAUAAGACCAAAGAUCUGCCUCCAGCUGACUAUAGCCUGUGGAUGACUGCGUGGACAGCUGAAGGAGAAGGACCUGCUGGUCACAGACUCAAGUUCCACAUCCAGCAGGAGAUUCCAUUGUCCCUCUUACUGGUGUGUAUUUUCAUCUCAGCGAUAUUGGUGCUUUUGGUGUGUCUGUGCCAGAUUCCAUCUGUCAAACAGAAGUUCUGGGUGUUUUUCCAGUGUUUCAUGCUUGAUGUUGUGCCAGAUCCUGCAAACAGCAAAUGGGCAAAAGAGUGUACCCAAGAGAAGGGAAAGAUAAAGCUACAAAUGCAGCUGAGUAACUCCAGUGUAAGCCAGGGGGAAGAAGAUCCGGUCCUGGUGGAUGUCGAGGAGCUGCCCAAACAGAACAGUAACAUCUCCACAUCAACAAAAGCCUCCUCACAACAGAGACCAGGCACGCUGCUGUACCCUCUGACCACGUAUAUCAAGAGCUUCUCACACGACUCGGACAGCUCCGACCACACGCACACGUCUCUGGACACGAACACCACCAUCGACUACAUCUCAACACACGCAAACAUGGAGGAGGAGGAGGAGGAGGAGGAGGAGGAGGACGGGACGCUGGAUUUCUUCCCCAGCCACAACAUCUUCAUGGAGCCGUUUAGCAUUGGAGGAAAUUUGACUUUGGACACAGUCAAAGUUCACUUCUGUAGUGACCUCUUUCGGAACAGUUAGGUGUUCACCUGGAACCAGAACUUUACACAGCAGAACCUUCAGUGACUUUGUGUGGAUCACACACCAACUACCUCUUUGCAUAUUGACACGUAACAUACACAGCUGUCUUGUGCUAAUUCCAUUUUUUUUUUUUUCCUUUUUCGCAUUAUUAUUGUUUUCUUAACAGAAUGGCUACAGACACACUAACACCACGACAACAGUAAUAAAAGGGGAAAAAAAAUGUCUGAUACAGACAGCACUGAAACCUUUUGACAGGAAGUGCGACUACAGCACAUCUACCACAAUCUAGAUGCAAGUACGUUUUCAUUGCACUGCCAUGUUUCCACCACAGACUGCUUUUAAAUUAUAGAUUAUCUAUGAGAUAGAAAUGACGUGAAAUGACUAAAACGGCCUUGUUCAUUGACUAUUUAGUUUGGCCCUUUGCUGAACCUCUAACAUGAUGGGAGGUGAUGCUGAUGUUUUUCUUUCUUCUAUCUUUAGACACUGCUCGGCCAAAUAAAAGUGACAUUUUUGUUGCUAUGGCAUCACCUUGAUGAGCUUAUGCAAUGUCACAUUUCAAUCACAGCUGCAAUCUUUGUUUUUUUGCCAAGAUCUCUUAUUUAUGAUGGAGAUGGAGCACUCUGUUCAGUCUUAUGCACAUUUCAAAGAUUCCCAAUGUGGUGAAGGCCUGGACUUUGUAAUGAAAAUGUUGUCUCACGCUCCCUGAGCCCUUCUUCUUCAAAAACUUGGCCAUUCCAUAUAUUUAGAACUGAGGUCUUGACCUAAACUAGUUAAAGCACCCCCAGAUCAUAACACUGCCCCUACUGGCUUGUAUGGUCGGCCCCAAGCCAAACAGUAGAUCAGUGGUCAGCAACUGAUGGCCCGUGGGCCGAAACUGGCCCGCCAGCAUCAGUAUCUGGCCCUGACUCUUUAAAAUUUUAAUUUCAUAUUGAGUUCAGAGCUUUUAUUCUGAAAAAUAGAAUUGACAGUUAGCCUAAACUAAAGGAUUGCUUUGAAAAAUAAAAAUAAAAACACUGCUGUUGUCAUGGAGACAGCCAGGUUUGGGGAUUAAAUGUCCUUAAAAUAACUACUUGCAUGUGUUAGGCUCUAAGUAGAAGCAGUCAUUCUUAAAACUGAAAUGAUGCACAAUAAAUAUGAACAGUA